AAAAAAAUCUCAAAAUUCAAAACUAAAGAGAAAUAAAUGGGUGUUUCCGUUUUCACCUCGUGAGCACAAAACUCGCAACGUAUAAGGAGAGAAAACAAUACACAGAAAGGAAAAACAAAACAAAACCAAAAAAAGAAAGAAAAAAAAAAAGUAAUUUUCCAAAAGCAUAUCUUCGAUUCUCGAUCCUUCCCGGCUAGCUCAAAGGGUAAAAAAAAAUCGAUUUUCUAGGGUUUCAAUUUGCUCCUUUUGAUUCAGGUUGAUCUCAUCGUGUCCGUUUCCAAAGACGGUUAUAUUGUAAUCACUUUGAUCGAUGUUGACGUGGAUUUGUGUAUUUUGCGUAGGUUUGAUCGAUCGGACACGCUAGGAUUUGAGAAGCAAUGGCGAAUCGAAUAGAUCACGAGUACGAUUACUUGUUCAAGAUCGUCCUCAUCGGCGAUUCCGGUGUUGGUAAAUCCAACAUUCUCUCUAGAUUCACCAGAAACGAGUUCUGUCUCGAAUCCAAAUCUACCAUCGGCGUCGAAUUCGCCACCCGUACUCUACAGGUUGAAGGCAAAACAGUCAAGGCUCAGAUUUGGGAUACAGCAGGUCAAGAGCGUUAUAGAGCAAUCACAAGCGCUUACUACAGGGGAGCCGUUGGAGCUCUUCUUGUCUACGACAUAACCAAGAGGCAAACCUUUGAGAAUGUCCUCAGAUGGUUACGUGAGCUCAGGGAUCAUGCUGAUUCCAACAUUGUUAUCAUGAUGGCUGGAAACAAAUCAGAUCUGAAUCACCUGAGAUCUGUUGCUGACGAAGAUGGCAGCUCUCUUGCUGAGAAGGAAGGUUUGUCGUUUCUCGAGACAUCUGCUUUAGAAGCAACCAAUAUCGAGAAAGCGUUUCAGACCAUUUUGUCUGAGAUUUAUCAUAUCAUAAGCAAGAAAGCCUUGGCUGCACAAGAAGCUGCAGGUAACCUUCCUGUUCCUGCCCAAGGAACUGCGAUCAAUAUAUCAGAUUCAUCUGCUACUAACAGAAAAGGGUGCUGUUCUACCUAGUUACCUCCCACCUAUAGCACAUGACUAAUCAACUAGUCACACUUUUGAGUUUUUUCAAGAAUAUCUCUUUUGAUCUUUUCCACAGUUCCUUUUUUUUUUUUUUUAACUUCAGCAAGUAUAGCAUACCUUUAUACUUUUCCAGGUCUUUGUUCUUCCGUAUUGAAUUUAUCAUUUAUGUUACAAGGAGUCUGCUUAGUUGUAUUGAGACACAACAUUUCCCAGGAAAGAAAAGUUUUUUUUUCAUCA